GCAUAUGAAGGUCCAGCGGCAUUGUCCGCGGGCUUGCGAGGAGAAAGUUGAGCAGGACGUCACGUGCAAGGUCGCCUGUCCACGUCGAAUUCAUGGCAGACAUGCAGAGGAGAUUGCCUCUGCUGCUUCUCGUUGUGGUCGUCUUCGUCUUUGUCGUCUUCCUCCACGUGUGCUUGUCGUGCCGGCCGUGGAAGCAACGUCGCAAGCGCAGGGCGUCAAGGAAAGGCGUUGUGCUUCAAGAGGGAUGUCCCAUGGCGGGCAUGCAGGCACGCGCUGUUUUGCCUGCAGCUGAGGGCGGAAGAAAACCUGCGACGACGGAGCCUUCACAGCGGUACGCCCCGUCCAUGUACAGCCAUCUGCCGUCGUGGGAAACGCCGCUGCCUCCCUCGGACAAGGAGUCGGAGGGGGAUGAACUUCCAACGUUUCCUCUCGGCAGCGAGUCGACGCAGCUGUUGUUGCAGACGGUGCUCGCAGGUGGGUCGGCAAGCAACGGACGCGGCGAGUACACGACACUUCUCCAGCAGGGCUUGGGAGAUGACGACGACGGGGGAGUUGAUCUCCGGUUCGGGUUGUGUUUUGGCGGCGGUAGGGAGCCGAGCCGCACGUUCAUCAUCGACGCCGAUCCUUCACCACGUGGCGUUCAACAAUCUGGAAGUCGCCAUACAGAGCAGUCCACACUUCGUGGCGGUGCGUUCGUUACUGGCGGUGUCGGGCCAUCAGCAUCAGGCCGGCAGUAUGGAUCGAGUGCAGCGUCGCCACGAAACAUGUCUACGCAAGGGAACACCCGUGGGAAGAAGCGCGACGCGGUCGUUGACGACAGCCAAGGGCAGGGAAGAGGGAGGCGGCAGGCCCCGAAAGCGAAGAGGCUGCGUACGGAAGAUGCAUCAGCAGGGGUGCCUCGUCGUGGAGCGCAAGGUUGGGCGGCGGCAGCAGAAGGGGACUACGACGAUGAGUUCACGACGGAGGAGGAGCAGGCGGAGGCGACCACGUCUGAAGUACGCGAGAGCUGUCGGCAGCGCUCUUCAGAUCAUACCGCUUUGAAGAGGAUGCUCACCCCGCCACCCGAGGCGCAGCAGCUGCGUGGCCGCGAAACACGGACAGAGAAGGCUCCCGUCGUCGAUCUUGGCGGUGAUGAUGACGAGCCCUUGGAGAGACGUCGCAUCCGCAUUCGUACAACAGCGACCCCACCGCCGGAGGUGGCUGUACGCGUUGCUGCAAACGAAAGGCCAGUCUCGGAUAGGCUGCCCGCCACGCCGUGUCAGCCACGUCAGCGCAACGAGGGUGGUAAUGGAGGGUCCGUCCAACGCGGCGGCGGGGGGGAAGUCGUGGCGGACGUGCGCGCAGUUGGCGCCGAGGAGGGAGGUGCUGCGGGGGCGGGCGGUCCAGGCACUGUGGCCGCCGUUGCGAUGGCGAGGAAGGAGGCAGCAGUUGGGGCGACGGCGAGAGAGGAGGCGCGUGGCGAGAGGAAAGGCGAUCGGGAGACUGGCGAGCCCGGUUCAAGCCGGGUACAUAGGAGUGUCAUGACAAAAGACCUCAUCGAUCGUGCCGUCCUUUGGGUUGAUGGCAAAGCUUUCUGGACGACGGGGGAGGGGCGAAGACUGUACAACAUCGUCCACGAGACGAGAGAGUACUUCGUCGCCAUCGCCAGCGGUCUUCCACCGCCUACCGUCCCUCGGAGCGUCGUUCUGCCGAAAUCCAGCACGCGCGUAGGCAGGAUCGUCGACCAAUCACAGUUGCAGCAAGCGAUCUCCCGUGCGGCGGCAGUGGAGAACGUGGCGCUGCGCAUCUUGCACGGUUGGGUAUUCAAGUCCGGGAACCGCCCGAGGGGAUACCAUGUGGCUUUCCAGUACUCGCUGGAAUCCUUUGCGACGGACAUUGCGCGUGCUAUGUGGUACGGUGAGGAGUGGUGCGACGUUGUCAGUCCGGCAGUUUGCGCGCACACGAUAGAUCUGUCCAUGGACCUGCCACUGUGGUUCGCCGGCGCCAACAUCGAGGACAGACCGGACGGCGACGACAUGGCGGCGCACCAGGAGUCCACUGUCAUCUGCGUCGCGUAUGCAUUCCGCGCGGCGGUGCAAAUGGGGGCCCUCAUCGAUGGCGACUUCAUCUCGCACGAGCGUCUUUGUCGGGUGGCUGACUGCUUCAGGCUGUUGUUGGCGGCGUGCAUGUGGAUAAUGCGCAUGGCGGGAGACGAUCCGCGCAGCCACUACGAGGCUUACUACGUCGCGGACCUCGUGGCGAAGCCCACACUCGUCGCGGUUAUGCAUCGCUCCUUUGAUCAUCGACGAUCCGUCGUCCUCGCCUCGAAAGUCGUCACAGAGAGGCUCGGGAAGGCGAAAGCUACGUUCGAACAGCACCCCGACUACAUCCCUCAUUGGGCACCCUGCGGCAUUGGUUUCAGGCACGACGCGAGCAUCACGGGGCCGGAGGAUGUGAAGAAGCUGGAUUGGUUGGGUUCGGGCCCCCUCGAUGAUGACAACAACAACGACGGGAAAGAUGACGCGUAGGGGGGUAGGGGGGGGGGGGGGGGGGGGGGGCGGGCGCAUGUGCAAGUGGCUGGUCGUGAUGGGCUUCACUGGGGUUGCACCGUCGCAAAGUGCGCACUUGUUUAGUGUGUCGGUGAGAGGGAUUCCGCGGAAUCGUCCUCGCUUGUGCAGUUGUUUAGCGCGUCGGCUCUGCCACGAAGACGGGUUGAUUGUGUUCAAUGGUGUGUGUUGCGUUUAGUGCAGGUGUUCAGCGUGUCGGUCGUUGGAGUCGACGACGAGAUCAUUCAAUGUCGUCGUGUAUUGUGUUUUUAUAUUCGCAGUUCGCUGCGCAACAAGUUUAUAGCGCUUUAAGC